AAGUUUGAAGAGGAAGGAAAUGUCUCAUGUCCUAAGACUUUAGAACAAUCAUCACUGGGUUUUUAAGAGUGCUAAAACAGAAUGUCAUUGUUUAGCGAAGACGAACAGCUGUGCCAUGUGCCAGGAGCUUCUGAGAGGGUGUCCAGAUACUGAUACACACUGGGCUUGAAGGGUGAAGCAGAGUCCAGAAUGAGUGGGCUCUACAGGGUCAUGGUCCAGCUGGAAGUGAGUCAAAGUCCAUACGUGAAGACCAUGCCUUUGACCAUGAGCAUCCUAUAUGAGAAGGGAUUUUCUCCCUGGUUGUAACCUGGAUGCCUAAGGCAGUCAAGAUGAGUGGAGGCAGUCUUGUGCCAUCUCUACAGCUCCUGUUCGUGGUAGUAGGACUUUCUCUACUGUCUCUGGCAGAGACAUAUGGGUUCAACAAGUGCACACAGUAUGAAUUUGAUAUUCACCAUGUGUUUUGCAUUCGGAAGAAGAUCACCAACUUGACAGAGGCCAUUAGUGACAUACCUAGAUAUACUACUCACCUCAACCUUACACACAACUACAUUCAAGUCCUUCCUCCCUGGAGCUUUGCUAAUCUGUCUGCUCUGGUGGACUUGAGAUUAGAGUGGAACUUAAUUUGGAAGAUUGACGAAGGUGCCUUUAGGGGACUUGAAAAUUUGACUCUGCUGAAUUUAGUGGAAAAUAAGAUUGAAAGCGUGAAUAAGUCCUUUGAGGGCCUGUCCAACCUGGAGACCUUGCUCCUGAGCAACAAUCAGAUCAGCCACAUUCACAAAGACGCUUUUACUCCUCUGGUCAAAUUGAAAUAUUUGAGCCUAUCUCAAAACAACAUUAGCAAUUUUUCUGGUAUUCUUGAUGCAGUCCAGCAUCUUCCGUGCCUGGAGCACCUUGAUCUUACUAACAACAACAUCACAUACUUGGACCACAUCCCUAGGUCACUGGUUUCUCUGACCCACCUGAGUUUUCAUAGGAACAAACUAACCGAGUUAAACUUCUCUGCUUUGUCAUUGCCUAACUUAACCAAUCUAAGUGCUUCCCAGAACGGCCAUGGAAUCAUUCAGAAUGUGUAUCUGAGAACUCUGCCCCAACUUAAAAGCUUGAAUCUGAGUGGAACGGUGGUGAAAUUGGAGAAACUUUCAGCCAAACACCUGCAGAAUGUAAGGGCUAUGGACCUCAGUAACCAGGAGCUUAGACAUGGUCACUUAAAUAUGAAAACUGUUUGUGACCUCCUCGGAAACCUACCCAUGCUAGAGACACUGUUUUUUCAGAAAAAUGCCACCAAUGCAGAGGGAAUUAAGCAUUUGGCAAAGUGUACCAGGCUCUUGUUCCUCGAUCUGAGCCAAAACAGUGACUUGGUUCAUCUCAAUGACAGCGAGUUCAAUGCUCUUCCCAGUCUCCAAAGACUGCAUCUGAACAAGUGCCAGCUCACCUUCAUCAGCAACAGGACCUGGGCUUCCUUGCAGAACUUGACCAUCCUAGAUCUGAGCCACAACAAGUUUAAAAGCUUUCCAGAUUUUGCAUUUUCCCCCUUAAGGCGCUUGGAGUUUCUCUCUCUUUCAAGAAACCCCAUCACAGAACUCAAUAACCUGGCCUUCAGUGGGCUAUUUUCACUGAAGGAGCUCAACUUAGCUGCAUGUUGGAUUGUAACAAUUGACAGGUAUUCCUUUACUAAGUUUCCAAACUUAGAGGUCUUAGAUCUUGGAGACAACAAUAUUCGAACUCUCAACCAUGGAACCUUCCGACCUCUGAAAAAACUCCAAACUUUGAUUCUCUCCCAGAACCGCCUAGAAAUCAUGGAAUCCAACGCAUUUUCUGGUCUCACUAACCUGCGUUACCUUGAUCUGAUGUACAACAGCUUGUCUUAUUUUCAUAAACACCUUUUCUCGGGCCUUGAAAAGCUUCUGACUUUGGAACUUGGCUUUAAUAAGAUCACAUAUGAAAGUACUAAGACCCUUCAGUAUCCUCCAUUUAUGCAGCUCAAGUCUUUGAAAAAGCUCAACCUAGAAGGACAAAAACAUGGGAUUCAGGUUGUUCCGAGCAACUUUUUCCAAGGAUUGAGUAGUUUGCAGGAGUUACUCUUAGGAAAAAACCCCUCGGUAUUCCUGGACCACCACCAGUUUGACCCUCUGAUUAACCUCAUGAAGUUAGAUAUCUCAGGGACAAAAGAUGGAGAUAGAAGUCUCUAUUUAAAUGCUUCCUUAUUCCAAAACCUCAAAAGGCUAAAGAUCCUCCGCCUUGAAAAUAACAACUUAGAGUCGUUGGUUCCUGGCAUGUUUUCCAGCUUACAGAACCUCCAGGUUUUUUCUUUAAGAUUCAACAACUUGAAGGUCAUUAAUCAAAGUCAUCUGGAGAAUCUGAAAUCAUUGAUGUUUUUUGAUGUCUAUGGGAACAAACUUCAGUGCACCUGCGACAAUUUGUGGUUCAAGAACUGGUCAAUGAACACAGAGGAGGUCCACAUUCCCUUCCUCCGCAGCUAUCCCUGUCAGCAACCAGACAGCCAGAGCUUACUUAUAGAUUUUGAUGAUGCCAUGUGUAAUUUUGACUUAGGAAAGGUCUACUUCUUAUGUUCCUUUAGUAUGGUCCUCAGCACCAUGCUCUUCUCCUGGUUCAGUGCCAAAAUAAUUGCAUCUCUGUGGUAUGGUUUGUACAUAUGUAGGGCCUGGUACCUCACUAAAUGGCACAAAACGGAGAAGAAGUUCUUAUAUGAUGCGUUUGUCUCUUUCUCAGCCACUGAUGAGGUGUGGGUAUACAAAGAGCUUGUUCCAGCCCUAGAAGAAGGCAGCCAGACCACCUUUAAACUCUGUCUUCACCAACGGGACUUUGAACCAGGCACUGACAUCUUCGAGAACAUCCAGAAUGCUAUAAACACAAGCAGGAAAACCUUGUGUGUGGUCAGUAACCACUACCUACACAGUGAAUGGUGCCGGCUUGAAGUCCAGCUGGCUAGCAUGAAGAUGUUUUAUGAGCACAAGGAUGUCAUUAUCUUGAUCUUCCUCGAAGAGAUUCCGAACUAUAAGCUGUCCAGCUACCACCGACUGAGGAAACUCAUAAACAGACAGACGUUUAUCACUUGGCCGGACAGCGCUCACCAGCAGCCACUCUUCUGGGCUCGCAUCAGAAAUGCACUGGGCAAUGAGACUGUGGAGAAAGAAAAUACACAUCUAAUUGUUGUCGAGUGACUGGAGUCUUACAGUCCCAAAUUCAGCUGCAUAAAUGGUGCCCUAAAUAAUUGUGUCAAGCACUUUGACUAAAUGAACUCUCUCUCUCCAGGGACAAAUAUUGUUUGGAUAGUGUUCAUAAGUGUGUGUGGGGGGGGGGUACUACUUGGAAAACUUUCAGGAGCAGGAUCCCACAAUUAUGGGACUGGAUCUGCAGAAGGAAUUCCAAUUUUAUUAAGGAGAGGACUUGGAACACCAGUCACCUGAACUCUGGGGAACAGGAAGGUCUUCGCAUGUGUUUGAGAUCUUUUCUUGUGUUGUUUCUCCAAAUCAGUUGCGGUCAUGGGAGAUUGCACUUGCUGUGUAUUCAACCUGCCCCAAGAUCAAAACUUUCCAUCUUGAAGGGAAACUUCCUAUGACAGAGGUUUACAGGGAGGAGACCAACAGGAUGCUCUAAGGAGAGAUUGAAAUAUUCCACCCUAUGGGGAAGCUUGUUAAGACAGGAGGUAAACAACUCAAAAUAGUUUCAUGAAGUUCCUGAAACUGACUAGGGACUAGGCCCUUCCCUUCCCUUCCAAGUGUAUAUAUAACAGUAGAGACUGCUGAGACCCUCGGAUAAGCCUAGCUGCCUGGAAGAAGCAGAGAGCAACUCUGAUGCCUGGAAGACAUACAGACCAGCUGAGCCAGCAGGAGAGGACACUCUCCAUCUUGUUGAGCUGCCUGCAGCCUGUGUAGUGUGCUCCAGGCUCCCAGCGAUUGUGAGCUGUCACCCAUGCUGGAGUGGUCUUUAGUGAUACAGCUGUCUUUGAAUCAUUUCUGUUCCUGUGAGUAACCUCUCACCCAUGCUCUUGUAAAUAACCACAAUCAAAAUCAUUGGGUCACCAAGUUGGACUUUGAUGGUAUCCAUAUUUUGGUUUAUUGUCAGUUCCGUGUCUGGAGUAAGUAGACAUUUGUUUGUGUCUCCCCGUGUCACAUAAAAACAGAAACAACAAAACAAAGAUGACCCAACAACAACAACAACAAAAUGACAUUAAAAAUAAGUAAAAGAAGAAAAAGAAAAGCAAUUGUCUCCCGCAAGACUCCGGUUUGUGACUGAUGCCCCAGGCACACAGCCAUUGGAGUUUCAAACCUAUCUUAAGAUGUCUUGAGGGACUGUAGAGAUGACUCAGCAGUUAAGAGCACUGACUGCUCUUCCAGAGGUCCUGAGUUCAAAUCCCAGCAACCACAUGGGGGCUCACAACCAUCAGUAAUGGGAUCGGAAGCCCUCUUCUGGUGUGUCUGAAGACAGUGUGCUGUACUCACAUACAUGAAAUAAAUAAAUAAAUAAAAUUUUAAAAAGACAUCUUAAGAUGGCAUUUCUAUGAAGUCUGUUUUGCCCAAGUAGGCUGGCUGGUAUCUUCUGCAACUCUUCCUGCUCUGCUAAUCCAUCGAGCCCACUUCUUCAAGCCUGAUAGAUCUAUUACAAGCACUCUCCCCAGUUCUUGUGCUCUGAAUUGAAGAAAAAAAAAAACUUAUGGAGUCUCAUGACAACGGAAACUAUAAUGGAAACUUCACAUGGAUUCCAGUAAAAGGACCAGUCCAUGUUGUUUCCAGUACCAGUACUAGGACUUGUUACUGGUUUUCUGUUUUGAGGUUUCAGAACCUUUCUCAACUGAAUGUUCUUACAGUUGAACUGGGACUUGGCUUUGGCAUUAGACAAAGGGACCACGACAUCUUACUAGUGGCGGGUGUUUUGUUCAAAAGUGCUACAGAUUCCUGUUGUAUGUGAUACCUUAGGAACCUAAAUCAGAUCAGCUUACAGGGGACAGUGCUGUCUAUUUCAGACAGUUUUCCCAGAAGGAGAUUUCUCCUAAGUUGCUGACCUCCUUCCAGUUCCCCCUUAUCUACAAGAUGCUCCGAGCAGCUUCUUGAGGAAGAGACUUGAAGAAGACACAUUUUUUUUCAAUUGGGAUAACAGGCUUGUAUUUCAAUAUACCCUAGUCAAGCCCCCAAGUAAAUGGUAUUAUAACCAA